UGCCAUCUCCGCCCUCGAGUCUGCCUUUCGUCCUCCUUUGCUCCCGCUCCUCUCCAAAUUCCACCACCACCAGCCGCCGUGCAUAUGAUGUGAAAGCCUCCUCGUCCUCUUUGCCCUUUUAAUUUUCCUUCUCCUUCUCUUGAAUCACUGCCACCCAAUUGCUGUUUAGUGAAGGGUCUUCAAAGAGAGAAUUUUGGGUUAAAGGUUGAUUUGUUAUGGCUGUCUUUCUGUGCAAUUCCCAAGUCGAUUUCAAUAGCUGAAUUGGAAAGGUGAGUUCUGAAAUUUCUCAUUCGACCACCACUCAGCAUCCACUUAGUAUUAUGCUAAAAAGAUCAAAGCAUUUGCCUCAUCCUUGUCGAAAAACCCAAUCUUUACCCUUCAAGAAUGUAGUUUCUGCAAUUUUGAUUAGUGGGAUUUGCAGUAAUAGUACCAAUAAUAUUGCCAAAGCUGCUGCUUCAGAAUCUGAAAAUGAAUGGGAAAGUUUGCUCAAACCAUUUGACCUCAAACAGCUUAAGAAAGUACUCAGUAAAAUUACCCCUUAUCAGCUUAGCAAGUUUCUGGCUCUUCCUUUGGAUGUGCCCACAUCCUUGGAGCUAUUUCGGAAGGCUAGUGCCCAGAAAGGCUAUUGUCACACUUUUGAUGUGUACUAUACUUUGAUUGAUAAACUUGGUGCUGCUAAGGAGUUUAAGGCUUUAGAUAAACUGUUAUUGCAGAUGAAGGAGGAUGGGAUAGUUUUCAGGGAGUCCCUCUUCAUUAUGAUCAUGAAGCAUUACGGUAGAGCUGGUUUACCUGGUCAAGCCACUAGGUUGCUUUUGGAUAUGAGGAAGAUAUUUUCUUGCGAACCAACGUUUAAAUCGUAUAGUGCUGUGUUGGGAAUUCUAGUGGAUGGUAAUUGUCCUAAAGUUGCUGUUAAUGUCUUUUAUGAAAUGCUUAACAAAGGUGUCUCCCCUAGCGUUUCAUGUUUCGCCAGAGUAAUAAAAGCGCUAUGCAUGAUUAAUGAAGUGGAUUCUGGGUGUUCACUUCUGAGAGACAUGACGAAACAUGGGUGUGUGCCCAAUUCUAUAGUUUACCAGACAUUGAUUCAUGCACUUUCCAAGGCCAAUAGAGUAGGUGAUGCCUUGAGGCUUUUGGAGGAGAUGUUUCUUAUGGGCUGUAUACCAGAUACCAAUACUUUCAAUGAUGUUGUAACUGGCCUUUGCCAUUCCAGUCGAAUUCAUGAGGCUGCCAAAUUGGUUGAUCGAAUGCUUGCUCGGGGUUUUGCCCCUGAUGCUAUAACGUAUGGAGUUUUGAUGCAUGGUUUUUGCAGAACAGAUCAAAUAGAUGAAGCCAGGGCCCUGCUAUACAGAGUACCCAAUCCCAAUAUUGUUCUGUUUAACAUUUUGAUCAAGGGAUUUGUGACCUCUGGUCGUUUUGAUGAAGCAACAGCUCUUAUCAGGGAGGGCCUGAUGAAUGUUGGCUUGCAGCCGGAUAUUUAUACAUAUAACAUCUUGAUUCAUGGCCUUUGCCAAAAGGGUUGUUUGGUGUCAGCUUGUGAAGUUCUUGAGGAGAUGUCAAUCAAGGGUUGUAAGCCCAAUGUGAUCACAUAUACUAUUCUGAUUGGGGGAUACUGUAAUGAAGGACGUUUAGAGGAGGCUAAUGAACUUUUGAUUGAGAUGUCAUCGCAAGGUCUUAGUUUAAAUGUAGUCGGAUAUAACUGUCUUGUCUCUGCUUUGUGCAAGGAUGGAAAGAUCCAGGAGGCAUUAGAAACUUUUGGUGAUAUGUCAAGAAAUGGAUAUAAACCAGAUAUAUUUACAUUCAACUCUUUAAUAUUUGGGUUUUGCGUGGUUGAUAAGAUGGAAGAGGCACUUAGCAUGUAUCGUGAUAUGUUGCUUGAGGGGGUUAUUGCCAAUACUGUUACCUACAACACAUUGAUACAUGCUUUCCUGAAAAAAGGUGCAAUCCACGAGGCCCUUAAGCUUGUAAAUGAUAUGUUGUUUAGAGGAUGUGCCCCUGAUGAGUACACAUAUAGUAGCCUUCUACAUGCACUGUGCAAAGAUGGUGCUGUUGAGAAAGCAUUGGGACUUUUUGAGGAAAUUUUGAGAAAGGGAGUCUAUCCUAAUAACAUAUCCUGCAACAUUUUAAUCAAUGGCUUGUGCAAAAUUGGCAAGGGUUCGAAACCUGCACUUCUUCAAAUUAUAACUAUAUAAAAAGCAUCAUGGUUUGCUACCAUAGCAUGGACUGAUUAUACGUGAGUGGCCGGUGCAAGAAGGUCUGUUGGAACUGCUGACUGAUUGCUGCUUUUGAGAGAGCUUGCUUACCAGAUCAGUUAGGCCAAAGAGUUUUGUGCGAACUACAGAUUCUGGAGAUUUACCCGGAUACUUAAACUCUGUGACUCAGUUAGAGACAUGAUGAAGAAUCCACUGUGUUUGGUCCAGUUCCACAGUUUCCACUUUCUGCCCCACUCUAUCCAUCGUCAACUAUUAUCCAUCAAUCACUGACGAACAAACUGUUUAAAGUUCCUCGCCUAAUUCUCCACAAAGCUUUCAGAUCGCAAAUCCUCCUCUUCUUGCAUUCGUAACUGAUAUGGAGGCCGGGGAACCUAGUGGAUCGGGACCUGAACCGAGACCUCUGAGUGCAGGGGGCCCGGUGAACCAGGUUUUACGCCGGCGUGUGCUUCGAUAUCAGAAAAGGUUUGGGGGGCCGUAUACGUUGUGCUCACCUUUUUGCCAAAUGGACCGGCCAUGUGAGUGUCGAUACAUAUUCGGUUAUCCCGAAGAGGUCGUCCUAGCAGUGGACGACGAGCGACGUCGCCUGAGGAAGGCGGCUGAUCGUUUGGCUAGACAGCUGGAGGAGGUUAGAGAAAUUGCCCACGAGCAGGCUAUGCACAUUAGGGAUUUGGAGCAGGGCCUCCGAGUUGAGGUGGAAAGGACGGACGCUAUUCGUCGUCAGCUCUAUGACACACACCAGCACCUCUUCGCUAUGAAGGGGCAACUGAGGGAGAGGGCUCGGGUAUCAUGCUGGACUGUGAUGUCCUGUUAGAUGUGGCCGCGGAGGCACUACCACGAGCUACCGGCCCAGAGCUAAUGGACGAGAUGAACACUUUUGGUUCCGUUGGGGAUUGGGGCCAUAGGGAAGGCGCGUAGGGCCGUUGUUGGGAUUUCCUUUUGACUAUCUGGCAUGUUUGUUUUUGUUAUAACCAGUAUGCCUGGUUUCUUUUGUUAUCUGAUGGUUGACUAUAUUUUUGGAGCCGAAGUGCUCAUGUAAAUAAUGGGUUUUGUACCGACUGGAUGUCGGAUAACUUGUAUA